CGGUUGAUGGUUGGUCGCGGUUUCUGUUUUUGCUUUCAGUUUCAUUUGAGACGUUGUCGCGGCCGCAAGUGUUGAACACAGCUCAACAACAACAAACAAUACAACACGCAACGUGUGUGUCGCUACUAAAUAAACAACAAUAACAACAGCAACAAAAAAGUGUACAUUUAAACGGGUUAAUCAAUACAAUACAACAACGGCACGUAUGGUAAAAAGACUGCACAAAGUGCAAGUGAUUAAAUUUGUGUUGGUAAAAUUGUUGGCGUUGUUGUUGCUGUUGCUUUGCAUAAUCCUCAAUUCAUAAACAAUGCAAAGAAGUGCGCAAAAAGCAUAAAUAAAGUGCAAUCGUUUUACAUAUUUUAAGUUCAAUAUACAAUAUAAAAAUAAACUUUUAUAUAUAAUUAUUUUUAUAUACUACAAAAAGUCCAGACGCAAAAACAAGUUCGUUGCCUAAGUCAUUUGUUUGCCGAACGACGAACGUCUGAACCGUUCGUUCCACCAACUAUCCAUAUCCAUACUUUCAAAAACUUAAUUAUUUAUAAUACUCGCUAUUUAUUGCUAAUAUAUGCAAUAUAUACAAUAAACGUCCAGUUCGCCACGUCAACAAGAAGUCGCAUAAGAAGCAAACAAAACUGAGAUUCCUUGGAGGAAAAGAUAAGCAUACGAAGAAGUCUUGAUCAAACGAAAUAUAACAGAUUCCAUUUCAAUGAUACUGCGGACGAGUCUUUGGAUUGUUGGACUGCUGCUACUUGCGCUGCUGCAGAUCCAGGUGGAGGCCAAAGACGAGGAUUAUGGCGGGGCUGGCGACAUUAUAAGUGGAGGUAACGGAGAAGGCGAUGAUAUCUAUGAGCCAGCUCAACAGGAAGCGGAUCUGGAAGCUGACAAGCAAAAUCAAGGCAAUAGCAUCGAAGGCUAUGACACUUCCAAUCAAUCGAAUCUGACGGAUAACAUGCUGCCCUCCAUGGAACAGCUGGAUGCAACCACAGUCAAGGUGGCAGCGAUGGCUACUGAAGCACCUUUGCCCACAGCUGCAAUAUCAGUCACCGAGCAGGACGAGAAUACAGCGGCUGAGGUGAUGGAAGAUGCGCCCACACAGAAGCAGGGGAAAAAAAUGGAGAAGCCAGCAAAUCAUUCACAGGAAUACUAUUAUGACGAGGAGCAGGCGGAGGAACCCCAAGGACAGCAUGAGGAAUUGCCCACAGCCACAACUACAACCGUACCCGAGUAUGUGCGCAAGGCCAAAGCGGAAAGAUUCCCCCAAGUGCCAAGCGGCGACUAUGCCGAAGAAGAUGUGACGGUGGAGCAGCAAACACAGCCAGUGGAGCACGAAGAGGAGGUCAGCUAUCAUGAUCAGCCGGCACAGCCGCAGGCACACGUUCAACAACUGCCCACGCACAACAAUGCGAAGCCCUUCAAGGCCAACUCCGAUGAAUAUUACUACGAUGAUCAGAUCGACAAUGAGGAACAUCGUACCAUGAAAACCAUAGCACCACCAGCAGCAGCAGCAACAACAACAACAACAUCAACAACAACAGAAGCGCCUUAUCCAGUGUUUCAGUCGCGUUUUGGCGGUUUUGAUAAUUGGCCCACACUAACACCCAACAUUUUGGCCACCAGUGCGCCAGCAACAAUUACAACCACAACAACCACAACAUCAACAACCACAACAACAACAACGCCAGCGCCACGUAAACAAUCGAAGCAUAUACAUCUAACCAAGCCAGAGUUGUUGCCUGCGGAUCAACUGCGCAACUACAUCAAGGAUGUUUACAUUCGCAUGCCCUUGGCCGUCAUUGUGGAUCCCUCAGCUGCCUCAUUGGAACAGGCCAAACGUCUGUACAUUGAUGCGCUGCAGGACAAGAAUAUCAACAUCAAAAUUGUGCUGGUCACACUGAAUGCAUCUGGUGUGCCUUCUGCUUUCAGUUUCAACAACACACGCGAGUUCAUCGCGGGUCUGAACAGCACCAAGGAGCACGAGGGCGGCAAUGCUUUUGUGGGCGUGUUACAGGCCGCCGAAUUAGUACCCUACGAUAGUGCCAUUUUCAUCUCGACGGCUGUAAUACCACCGCACACAGAAAUUGUUCAGGAUGCGGCCAUAACGCUGCUAAAGAAGCGUAUACGCCUGUUUAUGCUGUGGUACGGCGAACGCUCCGCAAGUGAGAACGAAACCGAGGAGGCUGUGGGCGGCAUACUCGGCGAGGUGGCCAUACGCUCUGGCGGCGAAAUCAUACACAUUGUGAGCACCGAACAUGGACAGCACAUAGCGGGCAAUACGUUAACGCUCGUCUCGGAUGAGUAUCAAGGCUCACAGGAAUUGGAACUGCCGGUGGAUACAACGCUAUCAAGUUUGCAUGUGCGCAUCGAUGCCAACAUGCGGCGUGCCACACUGGCAACACCCAAUGGUGACAUCAAUUUAAAGAAACUGGUUAAAUUCAAAUCAACGAACGACACACGAAAUGCCAACAAUGAUGAACUGGACGCCUACGUACCGCUCCACAAGCUGCGCAAAGCGACAAUCCUCAAGCUGCAACUGACGCCACAAUUGGCCAACAACAAAUACAAUGUUUUUGUACGCGCCGAACGGAAAGCUGAUGUUUUUCUUGGUGAUAUCAUUAAACGAAUCGAUAGUUACUAUUCACACGGGCAAAGCGAACGCAGAUUGUUCUCUUCAGCCAAGUUGAGGUUCCCUGAAACGCGGGAGAAGCUGGAGAAGGAUGUUGACUCUCCCAAGAGCCAAGUGGAAACGUUCUCGGAGACGGAGCUUGUGCAACCGACAACGAGUCUCAAUCAAACACAGUUUGCAGCUGCAACGGGAGAACCGCAACGUGCCAGUCUUAAUGCCAUGUUGUUGCAACGCUGUGGCACCAAAAUUGAGCUUAGCACACAAUCACAGCUGCUGGUCACGCCAGGACAAAUCUCGACCCUUCUAUUCGAGGUGACCAAUAUGCGGGCAGAGCGUGUCUAUCAAACGGUUCAGGUGACAGACGAACGUCGCUUUCUCGUGCAGCUCACACCAACGAGUUUCAACUUGCGUGCACAUGAAACGGGAACUGUGCGUCUAACGGUGCUGGCGCCAGCGGGAACAGCGACAGGAACAACGGAUAGAAUCACAUUCACCAGCUAUGGUCGUGAAACGGCCACAAUGGCGCUGAGCUUGAAGGUGACGUCCAGCUUUGAGGCUCAGGACAUAACUGGUCCCACGUUAUCCUGGGAGUUUGGCAAUCGUUGCGAUUACGUAUCAAAUGAUGGACAGAGCUGUAACGAUCGUUUCUGGACAUUGGAUGUCACCGCACAGGAUUGGCAGUCGGGUAUGCUGCGCUUGCAGGCAACUCCGCCAGAUGGACUGUUUUAUAGAAACUACUACACGGCUGGCACAACGGAGCCACUGAAAGCCACCUACAUGGCCUCGUGCUGUGAGCCCAAGGUGGCCAUAACAGCUUACGAUGCGGCAGGCAAUCAGCGCAGCAUUAACAUCGAUGUCAGGGAUGUGGUCUUAACGGAAGCUGCCAUUGCGGCCAUUUGUCUUGGCUCGAUUCUGUUGCUGCUGCUCAUUGUGCUUCUCAUUUGGAGCAUUAUUUGGUGUUGCAGGCGACGCAAAGUGUCGUUGGAGCUGCCCACGUAUCGAUCACACUCCACUCGCAGCAUGGAAUAGUUUAAAAC